CGGGGGCGCGCACAAGCCAAACGCGAGGUCAAGCUCGAACAGAAAAAGAGUAGGGGGAGCAUGCCUCGUAACAGCGGCGUCGGCGGCGGCGGCGCCACGCUCCUGCCGCUCUUCUUGUCGAGACUGCUGGUGCAAUGCCUCGUCUGCUAUGGCGACGCAGCCGCGGGCUCGCUGGACGCCGACGUCGCGGCGCUGUCGGACUUCCGGCUGGCCGCCGGCCGGUCCGGCGCGCUGGAGAGCUGGAACCUGUCCACCAACCCUUCCCCGUGCGGGACGUGGCAGGGCGUCGCCUGCUCGGGAGGGCGGGUGACGAGGCUGGUGCUCGAGGGUGUCGGCCUGUCCGGCGACGCGGCGCUCCCGGCGCUUGCGAGGCUUGACGGCCUCCGCGUGCUUAGUCUCAAGGGAAAUGGCCUCUCCGGUGCCAUUCCUGACCUCUCGCCGCUCAAUGGGCUCAAGCUGCUGUUUCUCGCCGGCAACUCGCUGUCCGGCCCGAUUCCGCCGUCGCUUGGGGCGCUGUACCGGCUGUAUCGCCUCGACCUGUCGUUCAACAACUUGUCCGGCGUCGUGCCACCGGAGCUGAACCGACUCGACAGGUUGCUGACGCUUCGGCUGGACUCCAACAGGUUCAGUGGCGGGAUUGAUGGCAUUGCGCUCCCAGUGCUGCAAGAUUUCAAUGUGUCCAACAAUCUUUUGACUGGGAGGAUUCCGGUGGCGAUGGCGAGGUUUCCGGCAGGGUCGUUCGGCGGGAAUGUCGGUCUCUGCAGCGCGCCGCUGCCGCCGUGCAAGGACGAGACGCAGCAGCCGAACGCGUCGGCGGCUGCCAACGCGUCCGCCACCCCGCCGUGCCCACCGGCUGCAGCCAUGGUUGCGUCAUCGCCCUCGGCGAAGCCAGCGGGCGCAGCGGCCAGCGGCAAGGGAAAGAUGAGCCGCGCGGCAGUGGUGGCAAUUGUGGCCGGGGAUUUCGCGGUUGUUGGGCUGGUGGCCGGUCUGCUGUUCUGCUACUUCUGGCCACGCCUCUCCGGCCGGCGAAGCGCCAGGCGUCUCCGCGAGGGGGAGAAGAUCGUCUACUCCUCCAGCCCGUACGGCGCCGCUGGAGUGGUCACGGCGGCUGGCGGCACGUUUGAGCGGGGAAAAAUGGUCUUUUUGGAGGACCUCAGCACCAGCGGCGGGAAGCGAUUCGAGCUGGACGACCUGCUGCGCGCGUCAGCGGAGAUGCUGGGCAAAGGCGGGUGCGGCACGGCGUACAAGGCCGUGCUUGGCGACGGCAGCGUCGUGGCCGUGAAGCGGCUGCGCGACGCCACGGCGGCGGCGGCGUCCAAGAAGGAUUUCGAGCACCACAUGGCCGUGCUUGGCCGUGUCCGUCACCCGAACAUCGUGCCACUCAACGCCUACUACUACGCCCGCGACGAGAAGCUGCUCGUCUACGAGUUCAUGCCCAACGGCAGCCUCUUCUCCCUCCUCCACGGUAACCGUGGCCCUGGGCGCACGCCGCUGGACUGGGCGGCGCGCAUGCGCAUUGCCUCCGCCGCCGCGCGUGGCCUGGCGUACAUCCACCACGCGAGCCGCCGGGGCAGCGGGACGCCCAGGCUCGCUCACGGCAACAUCAAGAGCACAAACAUACUGCUCGACAAGACCGGCGUCGCGCGGCUCGCGGACUGCGGCCUGGCACAGCUGGGCUCGUCCCCUGCGGCCGCCGCAUCGCGCUCGGCGGGGUACCGCGCCCCCGAGGCUCCCCCGCCGCCGCGGCCGUGGGCGUCGCAGAAGGGCGACGUGUACGCGUUCGGCGUGGUGCUCCUGGAGCUUCUGACGGGGCGGUGCCCGGGCAGCGAGCUGCCCAACGGCGGCGUGGUGGUGGAGCUGCCGCGGUGGGUGCAGUCGGUGGUGAGGGAGGAGUGGACGUCCGAGGUGUUCGACCUUGAGCUGAUGAAGGACAAGGGCAUCGAGGAGGAGAUGGUGGCGAUGCUGCAGCUAGCUCUGAGCUGCGCGUCGGCGGCGCCCGACCAGCGGCCCAAGAUCGGGUACGUGGUGAAGAUGAUCGACGAGAUCCGCACUUGCGGGGAGGCGUCGCCGUCGCACGAGUCGAUGGACGAGUCCUCCGGCGUGUCCGACUCGCCCGCCGUGUCAGAAGGGGGCGCCGUUAGCCAGUGAUUAAUUUAAUUAAAUUGUUCGUGCCUUGUGAUUCCCACUUUGGUUUUACUACUUGAGAUUUGCUUUUGGUGUGCAGCUGAUUAGCGUCGGACGUUGGAUGGUGUUACUUGUGUACAUGCAUGAAUGAUUGCUCUGGUCCUGAUUCAUUUUGCUGUUUUUGUAGCAACCCGUUUUAGAAUCAUGAUUAGGGAUUCUGCAUAGCCGGUAGUACUACCUGUGAAAGCAAAAAAAAAAAGGUCAUUCUUCGAAUGAAUCUUGUCUGUAUUUGGAUGGACUUCCGGUGCAAAUGGCAGCACUGAUGUGAGUGAGUUAUUA